CCGCCCAGCCGUCCCAUGCUGGCUCCUGAUAGGCUACCGAGGCUGUCCGCCUUGACAGGGGGCUGUGCGCAGGCGCAGAGAGGCAGCGCGACUGGGCUGAGGGCUGGCUACGCGGAGGUACCGGAUCGGUCCGAGAUGGCAGAGGUGGAGGAGACACUGAAGCGACUUCAGAGCCAGAAGGGCGUGCAGGGAAUCAUCGUGGUGAACACAGAAGGCAUUCCCAUCAAGAGCACCAUGGACAAUCCCACCACCACACAGUACGCCAACCUCAUGCACAACUUCAUCUUGAAGGCCCGGAGCACCGUGCGUGAAAUUGACCCCCAGAAUGACCUCACCUUCCUUCGAAUUCGCUCCAAGAAAAAUGAAAUUAUGGUUGCACCAGGCCUGUUCGGGUCCAGCUGAGCUGCUUGGAAGGAU